UACAUAAAAAAUGAAAUGUUAUUCUUCUUUUGUUUUAGUGAGGUUGAAGAUUGUACCCCAGAUACAAGUGCUAAAAUAUUUGAAGAAAGUCCUCAGGAACAAAAACCAGAGAAUUCAAAUGAUGUUGAGUUUAUCACCAUCUUUGAAAGAAACAAGAAUACCCUUGACAGUGUGGAUUCCUCUGAAGAAGUCAUUUCAGAAAUUCUCAAGUCCAAUAUUACCAAACAAGGAUCUAAAAUGCUGGUAAAGGUGUCCUCAGCUCGGUCAAAUGUGUCUUCACCUCUGUCGAAAGUGUGUCUUCAAAUUAAGACCAGGAUUUCCAAAUCUUCAACACCGGCAGGGCGACUGAUAGCAUUCAAUGAAGAGGAAGAAGAAGGUGUGAACUGUAAGACUCGUCCUAAGCCAGGCAGAUUUUUGGGCCCUUCCACCAGCACCCAAAUCAAAGUCAAGAACUCAGCUUCAGUUAAGGUGUCUCCAGCCAGUCCCCUCCAGGCCUGGUCCCGGGCAUCAGUGAGCCCAUCACCAGGUGGAAAGGCAGUUCAGCCCUCUGCGCAGUCAGAAGCUGCCACCUUGGGGCACACUGGGGUGCCUGGGCAUUUGCAGGCUUCCUGCAGAACCGACGGUGCUGAAAAUGGAAUCACGCACCCGCCUCCAGCGAAGGUUCUGCUCUCCGACAAGAAGGCCAUCCUACCCCGAGUGAUAGAACUAAAGCGGACUCCCCUGCGUGCCACCGGGCCUUCCCCGCCCACCUGCACAGCAGUGAGGCCUCGGGGGCCCCCCAGAGUCACCCCGUGAAGGUCCCGCCAUGCAGACUGAGAAUGGUCCUGGCAAGGCUGAUUGACAGAAUCCAUGGACCUGCGGGGGCCUGUUUGCCCCCAGAGCCCAGCCCCUUUGAUACAUGAAUAAAUGGCACUGUUUUUGAUGAAAUGAAGGUGAAAUCUGAUGUUUCUAUCUAGGAUAAUUAUGGGGAAAAUGAAUUCUGUGGCGUAGCAAUGGAGGAGGGAGACUGGUGGUUGGGCCUGUGUUUACUUCUAAUUUUCCUAACUUUUAAAUGAUUAUUUGUCCACAGAGAAUUUGAAUUUCUAUCUUUUAAAAAUUUUUAAUUGAUAUUAAGGCAACAAAACAAGACAAUAAAAUUGUCACUAGAGAAGUCCACUUUGUUGCUGAAAUAAUUGUAGGCAAUAGGCACUUCUGUAAUGUUACUCACUGUAGUCCCUUUAUAGGAGUGAGGUUUGGGCAGAGAGAAACAGGGUGAAUUAGCACUUCCCUGUGCUUUAUCUCAGCCAGGAGAGAAUUGAGUGAAAAUGUAGAUCAAGGUGAACUCGCUCUAAGUUACUCUCAGUCUCAAAAGACAACAUGAAAGGAAAUAAGAAAAAAAAGACAAUUUGAGAUCACACUCUAACCCUCACUUAAUUGAACUGUUUUCUUCCUAGAUUGACUUUUCUUACUCUAUUCCGUUAGUAGAUUUAGUUAUGCAUAAGAGGAUUUCUUGGGAUAGUAACUAUACAACAUGUCUUUGGAAUGAAUUUUAAAAUAUUUUAAUCUGAACAGUUAAGUUUUGAAAGUACUUUGGAAAAGAGAAGCUAAAAGUUUAGCUUUUUAAGUAAACGUAAUAUUUGUUUUUCAGAAAUGACCAUUGAAGUGUCAGUCUGAUUAUUUAAUAUGACUUUUUAUUCAUAAAAUUUCCACUUAACUUGAAUUUAAUAUUUUUAAAUAGGAUAUUUUGAUCAAUCCUCUAUUUUUUCACAGCUAUCCAGUUGUAAUGUGUUUAUUCUUACAUGUUAUGUUUUAUAAUUGGAUCACAUUUCUACAUUCAGUGAGCAGUAUUGCCUACAGUGUGCUAAAAAUAAGUUCAGAAAGCAGGGUACUUUUUACUCAGUGCUCAUCAUUGUACAUGCAUCACUUUGAAAGAGUAAAGCAAAUAAAGCCAAAACAUCACUUUAUACAAAAAAAGUAAAACUUUUCCAUAAGAAGUGACAUUUUCUGUGAUUAUACUUACUUUUAAGCCUCAGAGCCCUUCAGUAGUUUGAAAGAUUGUUCAUUUAUAAUAGGUUAUCUAUUUCUGCUAUUUCUAGCCACCCAUAUAUCAGAGCCUUUAAAAAUAGGUGGUUUAUUUGUCUUUAAAAAAGUGAAUAUUUACCUGAAGAUUCAUGAAUGACAUUCCCCUGUGGAAUAUAUAACAUUCAGUCACCUUGAAAAAUACUAUAAACAAUCCAGGCAUUUUGAAAAAUCAAAGGCAAUAGUGCAUUUUGAGAACUCUCAAUUAGGGCAUUAUUAGUAUUGCUUGCUCUAGGACAUUUUAAAUGGCUAAUUCAUAAAAGAAAAUUUUACAUUAAUUAAUUUAUAAUGUGUCUUUUAUAAAAGAAACACGAAGAUUAUAGGUGUACCUUGGAGAUACUGCAGGUUUGGUUCUAAACCACAGCAAUAAAGUGAACAUUGCAAUAAAGCAAGUCAAAUUAAUUUUUUGGUUUUCCAGUGCAUUAUGUUGACACUGUUCUGUAGUCCAUUGAGAGUGCAAUAGCAUUAAGUAUUUAAAAAAUAUAAAUACUAUAAAAAAUACUUCAUUGCUAAAAGAUGCUAACCCUUUAUUGGAACUUUCAGUGAGUCUUAAUCACUGAAGUUCACCACAACUUCAGAACUGUGAAGAUCACAGUUCACCACGACGAAUAAUAAUGAAAAAGUUUGAACUAUUGCCAGAAUACCAAAAUGUGACACAGACACAAAGUGAACAGAAAAAUGCCUCCAGGAGACUUGCUUGAUGCAGGAUUGUCACAAACCUUCAAUUUGUAAGAAAAAAUAUCUGGGAAGUGUGGUAAACUGGGGUUAAGUUAAUUUUGCAUAAAAACACAUUUUUCCUGAUACCAAUCUGCAAACAAGAGAAAUUCAUCACAAUCCAUUGCUCUUGCUGGAAAUUUAAAAAAAUAAAAGGAAAGCAUGCUUUAUAGGCAGUGAUUCUGUUUUACUGCUUUGGAAAAGUAGGUUUCUGCAGCUGUUUGGUCAGAUGACACAAUAGAAAGUCUUAAUGGUGAGUAGGAUAUUUAAGUAUUGCUCAUAUAAAAAAUAUAACUGACUAUGCCCUUUCCGGUGAUCUGUGUGUUGAGAACUGGAUUACCCUGACUCAGACUGGUUUGUUGUAUGGGGGAGAGCCUCACGCUGGCAGUGGAGACCAAAUGAAGGGUUUGCUUCAUUUAUAGUUUUUGAUAAGUUUUUGUUUCAAUAUUGCCUUAUGUUAGUUUAUAAAGUAUUUUCAUCUA